AUGGUGGUUAUAGGAGAUAACACUCAAAAAAUUAAUGAUUUCAUAUCUCAAUUGGCUCAACAAUUCUCCAUUAAGGAUCUUGGCCAACUUCACUACUUUCUUGGUAUUGAAGUUCAUAAGUUAGGACGUGAUAAGUUCUUAUCUCAGCAUAAGUAUGCUUUGGAUCUUCUCAACCGUGUAGACAUGGUUGAAUCUAAGCCUAUUGCUACUCCAAUGCCUUCUAAAGGACGUCUCAAAUCAGCUGCUAAAGCUCUAUUUCCUGAUCUAACAAUGUACCAUGGCUUAGUGGGUGGCUUGCAGUACUUAACAUUCACUAGACCUGAUCUCUCCUAUAGCGUCAACUAUGCAUGUCAAUUCAUGCAAUCCCCAACCGUUGCCCACUUUUAG